AUGAAUUUAUAUGUAUACAUCCAAUUUGAGCGAGCUGAAGGCACCAUUACUACUAAGCCUUCUUCUAAAUCACUACUUUUACUAACUUAAUCACAAGGAUGGGUAGCAAUGAGCAAAUGUAUAAUAUAAGGUUACUUAGAAAUAGAUGGCAGUUGGUGUUACCAACAUUUAAGACCAAUGAUGAUCUAAACUUAAAUAAUGAUUUUCGGUGACUCAGUAGGCAAACUCUAGCAUGAAGGACAAAAGUAUUUGAGAAGGUCUCACAAAUAUACCAAGAUAUGUUUUGAAAUAAUGCUGAUUAAUCGUAAUUUUAGCAUCUUUAGAUAUUAGAAUCACUUAAUACAAACUAUACAAAUAUUAGUAUAAACUGAACAUAUGAGAUCCAUGAUGUUCUAGCUUUGCAGAUUGUCGAUUAGGGUUCAUAAUCUUCUUGAUUACGAAGACAUUAAGGAGACAACGGCUAGAAUGUAAUGCUGUUGUUUAAUUAUUCAUUUACAAAGAUAUAAAAUAUUUUAUCAGACUAUUUUAGUGAUAAUAAUUAUGAAAUACUUUAGACAGACUGCUACGUUGUGCAAGAGAAAAUACUAAAGAAUAUGUAAUACAGAAUAAGCAACACAAUAGCUAGAUCUAGUGUUGAUGACUAAGCACACAAACUCAGAUAGAAAAUUGUUGACAACCACCUCAUCCCUUAAGUAAUAGAUGUUCAAACUAGGAGUAACAACAUUCUGUGUAGACACCAUUAGCUUUGUUUCAUGCAAAAUAUAUUUUCAGAUGAUAUAUCCUUUAACACAGUUGAUAAUAGUGCCCUUUAAUUUAAGAAGGACCAAAUAAGCACAAUAAGUUCAAGUUGAAUAAUCAAAAUGA